AUGCCGUCGCAGGAGACCACGCCGCUCCUUUCGGAUCACCAGGCCCUUCCUUUGCACAAUGGAACCCGACAGACCCAAGGUUCUGUGCCCAUCUCCGUUCUCGUCUCUCGGUCCGCCUGGCCCGGCCUGAGCUCGCGUGCCUUGCACUUCCUCCGUGCCGGAAUCCUAGCUUAUCUCGCGGCUCUCGUGCCCAUGCUGGUCCGCUAUAAGGCAGCGGAGAAGGCCGCAGCCAAUGUGACACCUUGGAGCAUCCUUUUCGAUUUCUCGAUGCUCUCAUAUAUCCUUCAGUUGCACUGGCACCUCCUUAGCUAUCCAGGCCAGCCGCGGUCUUCGUCCAAUAACUUCUGCCCGAGCCUCCUGUACACCGCUGCCCUUGUGUUCAACUUCAUGAACGCAACCAUCUUUCCCAAGGGCGAUGACAAUGGCGGAGUGCUUGGACACGGCUGGCUCCAGACAUUCUCCGUCAUCAACAUGUACGGCGUCACACCGCUAAUCGCCAUUGCCGAGGUCCUGUUUCUCAACACUAUCACACACCAGCAUGCGGUCGCCCGCCACGUCCUAUCCACGACAUAUCUCUUAAUGGGUUACCUCGCAUGGGCAGCCAUUGGCAACACCAUGACGGGUCAAUACCCGCUUUUCUGGAUGGAUCCAACGGAGAUUGGGGGCGCCGGACGCGUCGCGGCUUGUGCUUUCGGCUUCGUAGGCUUGGGCGUAUCAGCAUUCGCUGCUGUGUACGGCCUGACCGUACUGCGGGAGAAGCUCGCAAAGUACGCUACGCGGAAGACGCAGUAUAGCCCGGUACCCGAUUCCGAGCAUGAGCACGAGCGGGCGGCCGAUCAGAUGCCAAGAAGGCGUGCUUAA